AUGAAUUACUCGACAGUGAACUCCACCACACCUAAUGCAUCCAUGUUUAUAAGUGUACAAAUGUGUCUGUUUAGCAUCAAUUUCCUCUUUGGCCUUCCUACACACUCCUAUAUUUCAUGGCUCAUCCUGACAGGAACAAGAAGUGGAGUUGCAUCAGGUUACUUCAACCUCAAUCUCUCUAUUUGUGAAAUUGUCAACUGUUUAAAUUGCAUGCUUGAUAUAAUCAAAAUUUGGUUUCCAAAUCUCCCGAUGGCAACAAUGUUUUUAUAUGGACUAGCCAUCACUGGUCGUCCUCUAUUUCAGUGUCUGAUCUGUGUUGAGCGUUACCUGGCAGUGGUUCAUCCUGUAACCUUUUUAAAGUACAAACCUCUCAGAUACAGAGUAAUCUGUUCCACUGCGGCCUGGAUCAUUUGUAUUGGGCCAUGUUUGUUGAACAUGCUUAUUUUAGCCUCAAAAAACAUUUAUGCACAAACGUGGUUCUUGUUGAUGCAGUUCCUACCUUUUCUCUCCAUUCAGUUGUUUUUCCUUUUGGCUGUUCUCAGAGUUCUGAAGCAGUCAGGACCAGGAGAGAGAGGGAGAGAGAGAGAGGAGGAAAACCACAUGAAGAGAAGAGCGUUUUGUCUCAUUCUGAUAACUACUGUGAACAUGGUUAUCAUAUAUGUCCCAUAUAUUAUCACUGGAUUGUUUUUUAUUCUGACACAACAGUUUUUAUUGGCACCUUGGGCCACAUCUUUGAUUUGUUAUGUGCUGGCUGGUUUUGUGCAACCUGUUCUUUAUCUGCACCAGGCUGGAAAACUCUCCUGCCUUUGUUCCUCGUAA